AUGAAGAAAUCGAAUUCAAAACAAUUACUCACAACUUUGGACUUACCACCAAUUAUACCUGCUUCAAUAACUACAUUAGAUUUUGAUCAUGCUGUUAAUAGUUAUCAACCAGGUAAUUAUAAUCCAGAAGAUUUACCAGAUAAAAUACCCAUUAUAAAUGAAUCAACUGGUAGUUUCCGAAGAUUUAUUAGACGAGCAAAAUCAACAAGAAUUAAAAAGAAUAAUGAUAAAAGAAGAAUAGUUAGUGCACCACCUGGAACUUAUAUUGGGAAAGAAUUACCCGAUAUUCCUUCAAAUAUGCCAACAACUCCCAUAACAAUAAUAGCCCCAAAAGACAGAACCAAUAGAAAACCAUUAUAUACCAAUCCUCCAAGAACAAUUUCCCUCAUUAAUGAAAACAUACCUUAUCCAGUACUCACAACUCCAAAUUAUAAUCCACAUCAGAUUAAACUUGUUGUUGACGAGCCUCAUCUCAAGUUGGAACCAAAAUUGACUAAUGACUCCGAGACCAAUUCAAUUGGGACAGAUUCAAUAUUAUCUACCAAAAGCAUUGAUAUCCCUGUUGCAAUUCAUGAUGAUGCGAAAGUAACAGUAACCCACAAUUGUAAUAGUAGUAGCAGUGAUAAUGAUAGUCUUGUGGAUAGUUUAUUUUCCAAAGAAGAAGAGCAAGAAGGAGAUCAAAUUGAUCCUGUUACAUCACAUGAAGAACACGAAAUAGAAUCAUCAACAUUAGUAUUACCGAAAAUGAGAAAGAAAUCAUCACCACCACCAUCAUCAUCGUCAGAUAAAAUUGGACAUUCGCAAACUAAAUCAAGUUCCCAUCAAAUUAAUACCAAAUCAUUAGGAUAUUGUUUAGAUACUCCAAAUGUAUAUAAAGAAAGUCGAUUCCCACUGGUUCCUAGUCAUAUCAAAGUUCCCAAACAAGUGAAUGAGAGUGGUGGUGGUGGUGGUGCUACCCAUAAAAACAUUGAGAAUUCAAAAACUGAUAAACGUCGUUCAUUGAGUGAUUUUACUCAUAUGAAACAUGUUUUAACUAAACUAGAUCAUCAUGAUAAUAAUUCACAAGAAGUUAAACAUAGAUCAUUAAUCAGUUUUAGUCAAUUAAAAUUAGGAUCAAAAGAGGACAUAAAUAAGAAAACUGAUAAGGAAUCUGAUAAGAGACGUUCUUGGUAUGUUGAUUUUAUACCUCAUGGGAAUUCUAAUCGAGAUGAUGCAAAACAACAAAAGCAUAGGGCAGUGUCGAACAUUGUGGUUUCCAAAACAAAACAACUAGAACCAACUACUUUUAGUACUACAACUACUACACAAGACAAAUACAAUAGGAAGAAACGUCUUUCUUAUUCAGAUUUCAUUCGUCCACAAGUGAGAUCUGUUUCUACACCUGAUGAUACAAGAGCAAAGAAGAUCCUUCCGCCAUUACCACCGAAACACGAUAUAAACAACAACAACAACUAUACCCAGCUGAAAAAUGUAAUUGAACCGCGUUACUACAUCAACACAUAUAUUAAACCAAGAAGAAAUAAAGAGACAAACACAAAUAUAAACAUAAUUCCAAAAACAUCAACCUGUAAUAAUAAAAACCAAUUGUAUUCUACCACUAAUAAACCCACUAUGGGAAAAUCACUACCACCAUUACCACCGCCAUCACCUCCAAAAAUCCAUGGAGAAUAUUAUCGGACAAAUAGAUUUGGUGAACGAUCCCAUUAUGUAUAA